AUGUCCGAAAACACAGAUCAACUCAAUCUGGCUCUUGACACAGUCCAGAAACUGCUUUCUGGUCUCCCUACUGACUACUGUAUCGCAAAGCUGGAUGCUGUCAUACAGCGCCUAUCCCAAAGCUGGGCGUUUGCUAAGCUUCAUCGUGACUGGCAGCUGGGUUCCUCAGAAGGCAUCAAAUCCUGCCAGUUAAGAAAGCAAGUGGGCCACUAUUUCAAAAGCGUGUAUAGCCCAGCAGCGCGGAAUACGAAAACUAUUGCUGAAAAAAAGUCGCGUGAGGCCCUCGCAGCCCUCAGUAUCAGAGCGCACCUGAUAAACAGUGCGUCAUAUACUGUCGGGAAAACUAAAGAACUUCAUCCUGACAUCAUUAAACAAAUGACCCAGGAUCACCUCAUUGAAAAAUUUAUGGUUGUGAUAUGGAGUGGCAGCUUCAUGAAAAUGACGCGCCGUGUCAUUUUGGACUUAGGAAUAAGGGAAUUGACAAUAGCCUUCAUCUCCAUCGACACUCAGCAAAAAGACAUAUCGCAGACGUCGCCAGUUGAAGAACUAUCGUGUGUGGAACCCAUUCAGACAUUUCAAGGUCACGAGGCGAACAAGCGUAAUUGGAGCGAAAGACAAAGAAGCGAAGAAAACAUCUCCCCAACCGAGACUGCCACACAAAAGCGGAGGAGAACCGAAGGUUACACGGAAUUUGUCACCAAAUUACCUUCGAAUCUAUACAGGAGUACUGGGACAACGGCUUGA